AUGGGGACUGCAGCUCUGAGUCCCACCCUCCUGCUGCUCACAGUACUCCUGGCUCUGACCCAGACCGAGACCCAGAGUGGCGCUGGGUCACACUCGCUGAGUUAUUUAGUAACCGCGACCGCGACCGCGUCUCGAACCGGUCUCCGAGAUCCCCAAGCCUUCGUGGCUGGCUAUGUGGACGACACGCAAAUCCUGCGCUUCGACAGUGACUUGGCUACUAAGAUGGAGCCGCGAGUGCCAUGGGCAAAGCAGAUGGGGCCGGAUUAUUGGGAGCAAGAGAGAAUACUUUUGGAGAUUUAUUCCCGCACGGCCCAAGAAAACUUGCUAUUUGCAAUCCGAAUCUAUAACCAGAGCGAUGACGACUCUCAUACCUUCCAGUGUUUCAUUGGCUGUGAAGUGGGUCCAGAUCUACACUUCCUCCGUGGGCACUACAGUCAUGCCUUUAAUGGUCGUGAUUACAUCAGCCUGAACGAGGACAUGAGAACCUGGACUGCUGCAGACAAGACAGCUCAGAUCGCCCUGCAAAGGUGGGAGGCGAAACAUUUAGCAGAGCACUGGAGGAUCUUCGCUCAGGGCCGGUGCAUUGCUUGGCUACUCAAGCAUCUGGAACUAGGAAAGGAGAUUCUGCAGCGCUCAGACCCUCCAAAGGCACAUAUUACCCAUCACCCUAGACCUGAAGGAGAUGUCACCUUGAGGUGCUGGGCUCUUGGAUUCUACCCAGCUGACAUCACCCUGACCUGGCAGAGGGAUGGGGAAGACCAGACCCAGGACAUGGAACUGGUGGAAACCAGGCCUGCAGGGGAUGGAAACUUCCAGAAGUGGGCAGCUGUGGUGGUGCCUUCUGGGGAGGAGCACAAAUACACAUGCCAUGUGCAACAUGAGGGGCUGCCUGAGCCCCUCACCCUGAGAUGGGAGCCAUCUCCUUGGUCCCCAACUGGAGUGAUAGUUGGUGUGGUUCUCCUUGGAGUUGUGGUUGCUGUAGCUGUGGCUGCCAUUGUGAUGCUGAGGAAGAAAAGCACAGGUAGGGAGGGGAUUGAUUUCCACCUUUUACCAUCUUCUCCCAGCUCUGAGCUCUCUCUGCACAUUAAGGGAACACCUACAUAUCACACUGUAUCCAAUGUUGGCCUAGAACUCACUAAGUAG